CUGAACUUGUCAUGUUCCAUUAUAUCUCAUACGAUGCGGCCCUCAUUCACUCUGUAGUCUUAUUAUGAAAGUUCCAUUCCGUCUAAAAUCCAAUAAAAUCGACGCAAUCUUCCACUCCACUCCAUCUCCUCUCAGACUCUCCCACCAAUCGUACCGCCAAACAUCGUCAACCCAUAGUUCCACUCGUCUCAACAAUCUCCUCAACGCCACUCUACACACCAAGAACCUCAAACAUGCCACCCAAAUUCACACCCAGAUCAUCACGAACAACUACACUUGUCUCCCUUUCCUCCUUAACAACCUCCUCAGCUUGUAUGCUAAAUGUGGUAACAUCAACCGAAGCGUACUGCUAUUCUCAACUAAUCAUGGUGGGUUUAAAAACGUUGUCAUUUGGACCUCUCUUAUUACCCAUUUAUCCCGCUUUAGUAAACCCUUUAAGGCCUUGACGUUUUUCAACGAAAUGAGGAGCACUGGUAUUUAUCCAAACCACUUUACCUUCUCUGCCAUCUUACCUGCUUGUGCUGACUCCAUGACGGUCCAACAUGGUGAACAAAUGCACUGUUUAAUUUGGAAACAUGGGUUCCAAACCGAUAUAUUUGUUGGCACUGCACUGGUUGACAUGUAUGCAAAGUGUACUGAUAUGACCUCAGCGGAGAGAGUGUUUGCUGAAAUGCCUGAUAGAAACCUUGUUUCUUGGAAUUCUAUGAUUGUUGGGUUCUUGCAGAAAAAGUUAUAUUAUCGGGCAGUUGAAAUUUUCAGGGAAGUUCGUAGGCAGGUUUCGGAUAGUCCUGAUGAAGUGAGUUGCUCGGGUGUGCUGAGUGCUUGUGCUAAUAUGGGCUGCUUGGAAUUUGGGAGACAAGUUCAUGGAAUUGCUUUCAAGCUUGGCUUGGUAGCAUUGACUUACGUGAAUAACUCAUUAAUGGAUAUGUACUGUAAAUGUGGAUUGUUUGGUGAUGCUCUUGAGUUGUUCAAGACCAUAGGAGACAGAGAUGUUGUUGCAUGGAAUGUGGUGAUAAUGGGGUGUGUCCACAGUGGUAAAUUUGAGGAGGCUUGCAGAUAUUUUUGGUUCAUGAGGACGGAAGGUAUAGCACCUGAUGAGGCUACAUACUCUUCUGUCCUUCAUGCUUCUGCUAGUCUUUCAGCACUUAAUCAAGGCACUUUGAUCCAUGAUCAGACCAUAAAAACAGGUUUUAUGAACAAUGCAUGUGUUGCAAGCUCAUUGAUUACAAUGUAUGCAAAAAGUGGGAGCUUGGUUGAUGCCAAUCGUGUGUUUGAAGAGAUUCAGGAACGAAAUGUGGUUUGUUGGACAGCGAUGAUUGCUGCUUGCCAACAACAUGGCUGUGCAAACCAAGCCAUUGAGUUGUUUGAGGAAAUGCUUGGUAAGGGAAUUGAACCUGAUUACAUUUCGUUUGUAUCUGUUCUAUCAGCUUGUAGCCAUGCUGGUCACGUCAAAGAAGGAUUUGUUUACUUUUCUUCCAUGACUGAUGUUCCUGGCAUGAAUCCUGGGCCUGAACACUAUGCCUGCAUGGUUGACUUGCUUGGUCGUCUCGGUAAGUUGGAAGAAGCUAAGAGGUUUAUUGAGUCAAUGCCAAUCAAACCUGACUCAUCGGUUUUGGGAGCCUUGCUUGGGGCUUGUAGGAAUUAUGGAAAUCUUGAAAUAGGAAGAGAGAUUGCGAAGAGACUUUUUGAGUUGGAACCAGACAAUCCUGGGAAUUAUGUGCUGCUUGCUAAUAUGCUCACGAGGAAAGGGAUGAUGGAGGAAGCUGAUGAGGUUAGGAGGUUGAUGGGGGUCAAUGGAGUAAGAAAGGAACCGGGAUGUAGCUGGAUUGAUGUUAAGAACAUUACAUCUGUAUUUACAGUGCAUGACAGAUCACAUUCUAGGACAGACGAGAUAUAUGAGAUGUUGAGAAAGUUGGAGGAGUUGGUGAUUAGGAAAGGUUAUAAGCCUGAAACGCAAUUUGCAAUUAACAGUGUGGAAGGAUACAAAGAGCAAAGCUUAUGGUAUCACAGCGAGAAACUUGCCCUUGCGCUUGGGCUACUGGCCCUUCCAGUUGGGGCUCCAAUUAUAAUAAAAAAGAAUCUGAGGACUUGCGGCGAUUGUCAUACAGUUAUGAAGUUUGCUUCAGAGAUAUUUGGGAGAGAGAUUAUUCUGAGAGAUGUCAAUAGGUUUCACAGGUUCACUAAUGGUUUGUGUUCCUGCAAAGAUUACUGGUGAAUGAAUUCUGUAGAAUUUGAAUGGACAGAAACAUAAUUUCUUGUCUUCCCCUCUGUACCCAACUAUCAUUUUCAGGGGAAAAAAAAUUAAUUUCAUUAAUGUUUUCUGCAACUUAUACAGCUACUUCAACUUUUGGUACUAUAAUCUAA